GUUUGUUUACGUUUUGGUUUUUGUGGUGGUUGUUUGUUUAUGUUUCCGCUGCACGAGCCACGCACCGCGGCACAGCAUACUUGCCGCACACCACCACCAACGCUUGCACCUGCUCUUCGGUUGAGAGAGACAGAGACAUCACACACAUUCACCCCACCCGAGCCAAACACCACACACCACACACAACAAAACAAGCAAGCAACAGCACCGCAAGCAGUACACGCACCAAACCAAACCAAACCAAACCAAGCUGCACAUUCACUAGCCCUUGUUGGCACACGUCAACUCAUUUCCCGCUUUUUGUUGUUCUGAACGAACAAGUCACAUCAUCGCCCAGCAAGCACCCAGCAGACGCCUUCUUCUUUGGUUUCCUUCCUUCCCACGCUAUCCUACUCCUCCGUCCAACUAACACUCCACAAGCAGCCAACACCCACACCGUCGUCCUCCUCAUCGUCGUGCUCCUCCUUUGAAGCUCCUCUCCAUCCUUCUGCUGCUCCUGCACUGAGCUCUCCUCCUUUUAUCGUCAGACUGUCGUCGUUAUCUUCACGACCGCCAUUUUGAGACACCAUCCAUCCAAGUCUCAUUCAUCAUCCAAGACACCUCUCCCACCUCCUCGCGCCCCACAAUGAGCUUUGAGUUUGUUUCCGUUCCAGCCUUUGCGACACGUCAGCCCCGAGGCCGUGCACGCAAAUGCCGCCCCCGCAAGCAAGGCGCCGGCCGCGGCGGUUGGGGUCGCCUGGACGACUUUGACAUGCAACCGCUCCCCAUUGAUCAGGAAGACCCAAUCUACGACGCCACCAACGAUGACGACGACGGCUCGACGGAGUGGGUUGAGUCCUACCCAACCUUUGACGAAAAGACAAUUGUGCGCAUGCUGCGCGGCUUCAUGCAGGAGCUGUUCAGCCACGGUGACGUGACAGAGACACUCCGUGCCUGCGAGCGCGUCAACUGGCCCGAGUCGAAGCACAUUGUCGUCCAGACCAUCAUCCCCUUUAGCUUCUCCUUCAAGGAUGCGGAGCGUGAGCUGACCUCGACCGUGCUGGCCUACUUUGUCCAGCAGCAGUUCCUCAGUACCGGCGACGUUGAACGGGGCUUCAACGCGCUGCUGGAGCAACUGCCGUCGCUGCUGCUCGACGCGCCAAAGGCCAGCGAGUACCUGUACAAGUUCAUCACGCGCGCGGUGUCGCACGGGUGUGUCUCGCACACGUUUGUCUUCCAGCACCCGCUCACGUCGCAAGACGGCCCGCAAGCCGAUGUGCUCCACCGCGCCCAGGCCAUGCUUACGGCUCCCCACAACAAGAUUCUCAUUGACAAGAUUUGGGGCGACCACGCUGAGUUCCGCGAUCUGGGCUUUGCAAAGUCGCGCAUCCACACGCUGUUGCAGGAGCUGCUUGUGUCGUCCGACGUGUCCGAGGCCUGCCGAUGCAUCCACGACCUCAGCGAGCCACACUUUGUCCACGAGGUUGUUUACCAGGCCGUGUACCUUGCCAUGGAGUGCGGUAUGCAGCCACGUGUCCUUGACCUCGUCUGCGAGCUCCUCUCCCGCAUGUCCACCAGCGGCCUCUGCUCCAGCGACCAAAUGACCAUGGGCUUCCGGCGGGUGUACAACGCCCUCGAUGACAUUCUGAUUGACCUGCCACACGGCUACCGCCAUCUCGCUUACGUUGUGGACGCGUGCUACAACCGUGACGCCAUCACCGCCACUUGUGUCCAGGAGCUGCCACAGCGCCCGUACCGCCGCCGCCGCGAAAUUAGCGAGGCAGAGAGCGAGAUGUCCAUGGACACCGACGAGUGGUGAAGCGAAGCUUUGCUGGGCUGUGCUUUGCUUUGUGCUCUGUCGCGCUUCAAUUCUUCUCCGCUCGUUCACGGCUGGCCACACGGAAUUUGCGCCAAGCGAUGGGUGGUUCUUCUGUCCCCUCCCCCCAUUGCCGUCAUUCUCUUUUCUUCCAUGAUAAUCGUUCUGUUGCUUGCUGGCGAAGCACACAACCCCACACCAAGACCCCGCGCUGAUAACUGCUUUCUCUUCCUCCUGUUUUGUCUUCUGAACCCCCUUCCUCCUUUGUUGCGUGUUUCACACGGCCUGCUGACCCACCAAAGUACUUGAUUUGAGCGACAACUUCCUUCCAAACAAACAAAUAAAACGACUGGCCAACCACCA